AUGGCUUCCGCAGACGAGCGCAAUACGCGCACCAUCCACACCGCCGCGUGUUUGAUUAUUGGCGAUGAGGUGCUCGGUGGAAAGACUGUCGAUACAAACUCGGCUUACAUGGCAAAGUGGUGCUUUCAGCUAGGAAUUAAUCUGAAGCGAGUCGAGGUCAUAGAGGAUGACGAGGACGAGAUCGUCGAGGCCGUCCGCAGAAUGAGCGAUCGAUACGAUUUUGUCGUCACCAGUGGCGGCAUUGGACCAACUCACGACGACAUCACGUAUCAGUCGAUCGCCAAGGCUUUUGGCAUCAAACUCGUCCUCCAUGAUGAUGCGUAUCAGCGCAUGAAGAAGCUCAGCAAGCCACACAAGUCGCAGCCCAACUUCAGCUGGGAUGUUGAGUCUCCGGCGAAGACGGCCCGCCUGAGAAUGGUCGAGCUGCCUAUUGAUGAGUCUCGCGAUGUCUCCAAGCAGGUCAUCUUCCCCCGCGACGAGCUCUGGGUGCCCGUCUCUGUGGUCAAUGGGAAUAUCCACAUCCUACCGGGUGUCCCCAGAUUAUUCGAGAGCCUCCUUGAUGGACUCAAACCAUCCAUUGUCCCUCGCCUCGUUGAUCCGGAGGGCAAAGGCACGGCCCGCAUCAUCAUCUCCACGCCCAUGGCCGAAAGUGCUGUCGCGGGCUAUCUUACCGAUUUGGCAGCAAGGGUAGCGUCCAAGGGCGUCAAGGUUGGCAGCUACCCGCGAUGGGGCAAGCAGAACAAUUCUGUGACUCUCGUUGGUCGUGACAAGGAGUUUCUAGAGAGUCUAGUGGCCGAGGUUGAACAGAACGUGCAAGGAAAGCGUGUCCUUGUUGAGGGAGAGGACGACGAAGCUGAGAAUCCGUCUUCAUAA